AAAUAAAAAUAGCCCGCCACCUCACCCAGUGCUGUCUUCCAUAUCAGUUCUUUUUUGCUAUCAUCUAGGAACCGCUGCAAAAGGCUCGUUUCUAAUCACAAUACUGAGAAUACCAAGGAUUGUUCUCUUGUACCUUUAUAAUAUCCUAAACCAAAAGGAGAAUGCAUGUGCGAAGUGCCUGUUCAAAUGCUGUUUCUGCUGCUUUUGGUGCCAGGAAAGUUGCUUAAGAUACUUUAACCAGCAUGCAUACACAACUACAGCCAUAAAUGGGACAAAUUUUUGUACAUCAGCAAAGGAUGCUGUCUUUAUUUUGGCGAAGAAUUCUGCUAAACUUGCAUCCAUUAGCUGUUUUGGAGAUUUUCUCCUGUUUCUAGGAAAGGUGUUUGUUAUAUGUUUUACUGUUUUUGGAGGAUUGAUGGCAUUUAACUACCAUCGGGAACUGCAAGCUUGGGUAGUUCCUCUGUUGCUGGUUGGAUUUUUUGCCUACCUGAUGUCCCACAGCUUUCUGUCGGUGUUUGAAGUGGCAGCAGACGCCACGUUCCUUUGCUUUGCUAUCGAUAUGGAAACAAAUGAUGGAUCUGCAGAGAAGCCAUACUUCGUGGAUCAGGAACUGCUGACCUUUGUGAGUCAGAGUAACAAGUUAACAGAAGGACGAAACCACAGAAGCCCAAGACCUUUCCAGGACAAUGAGGAUGGGACAGAGCUCCAACCUAUG